AGCACAUAUUUGGAUAGAUCUGGUCAUUAGCUACCAAAAGUUAUUCUACGCCGAUGUGCUAAGUUGUCUGUGGAAAAAGUUAUUUGAGGUACUAAGACUUAACAUUUUCUCAAUUUUUCUAAAAAAAUUCCUCAUUUUGCCACUUUGGAUGCUUAUAACUCGGUCAGUUUCCAAUGGAUCUUCAAUUGUAGCACAUAUUUGGAUAGAUCUGGUCAUUAGCUACCAAAAGUUAUUCUACGCCGAUGUGCUUAGUUGUCUGUGGAAAAAGUUAUUCGAGGUACAAAGACUUAACAUUUUCUCAAUUUUUCCUAAAAAAUUCCUCAUUUUGCCACUUUGGAUGCUUAUAACUCGGUCAGUUUUCAAUGGAUCUUCAAUUGUAGCACAUAUUUGGAUAGAUCUGGUCAUUAGCUACCAAAAGUUAUUCUACGCCGAUGUGCUAAGUUGUCUGUGGAAAAAGUUAUUCGAGGUACAAAGACUUAACAUUUUCUCAACUUUUCCAAAAAAAUUCCUCAUUUUGCCACUUUGGAUGCUUAUAACUCGGUCAGUUUCCAAUGGAUCUUCAAUUGUAGCACAUAUUUGGAUAGAUCUGCUCAUCAGCUACCAAAAGUUAUUCUACGCCGAUGUGCUAAGUUGUCUGUGGAAAAAGUUAUUCGAGGUACAAAGACUUAAAAUUUUCUCAAUUUUUCCUAAAAAAUUCCUCAUUUUGCCACUUUGGAUGCUUAUAACUCAGUCAGUUUCCAAUGGAUCUUCAAUUGUAGCACAUAUUUGGAUAGAUCUGGUCAUUAGCUACCAAAAGUUAUUCUACGCCGAUGUGCUAAGUUGUCUGUGGAAAAAGUUAUUCGAGGUACAAAGACUUAACAUUUUCUCAAUUUUUCCUAAAAAAUUCCUCUUUUUGCCACUUUGGAUGCUUAUAACUCGGUCAGUUUCCAAUGGAUCUUCAAUUGUAACACAGAUUUGGAAAGAUCUGCUCAUCAGCUACCAAAAGUUAUUCUACGCCGAUGUGCUAAGUUGUCUGUGGAAAAAGUUAUUCGAGGUACAAAGACUUAAAAUUUUCUCAACUUUUCCAAAAAAUUCCUCAUUUUGCCACUUUGGAUGCUUAUAACUCAGUCAGUUUCCAAUGGAUCUUCAAUUGUAGCACAUAUUUGAAUAGAUCUGGUCAUUAGCUACCAAAAGUUAUUCUACGCCGAUGUGCUAAGUUGUCUGUGGAAAAAGUUAUUCGAGGUACAAAGACUUAACAUUUUCUCAACUUUUCCAAAAAAUUCCUCAUUUUGCCACUUUGGAUGCUUAUAACUCGGUCAGUUUCCAAUGGAUCUUCAAUUGUAACAGAGAUUUGGAAAGAUCUGCUCAUCAGCUACCAAAAGUUAUUCUACGCCGAUGUGCUAAGUUGUCUGUGGAAAAAGUUAUUCGAGGUACAAAGACUUAAAAUUUUCUCAAUUUUUCCUAAAAAAUUCCUCAUUUUGCCACUUUGGAUGCUUAUAACUCGGUCAGUUUCCAAUGGAUCUUCAAUUGUAACACAGAUUUGGAAAGAUCUGCUCAUCAGCUACCAAAAGUUAUUCUACGCCGAUGUGCUAAGUUGUCUGUGGAAAAAGUUAUUCGAGGUACAAAGACUUAAAAUUUUCUCAAUUUUUCCUAAAAAAUUCCUCAUUUUGCCACUUUGGAUGCUUAUAACUCGGUCAGUUUCCAAUGGAUCUUCAAUUGAAGCACAUAUUUGGAUAGAUCUGGUCAUUAGCUACCAAAAGUUAUUCUACGCCGAUGUGCUAAGUUGUCUGUGGAAAAAGUUAUUCGAGGUACAAAGACUUAACAUUUUCUCAACUUUUCCAAAAAAAUUCCUCAUUUUGCCACUUGGGAUGCUUAUAACUCGGUCAGUUUCCAAUGGAUCUUCAAUUGUAGCACAUAUUUGGAUAGAUCUGGUCAUUAGCUACCAAAAGUUAUUCUACGCCGAUGUGCUAAGUUGUC